AUGGCUGUCGUCACACUGAACAUGCCCACUGUUCCCCACUCUGGCCCGGGAUCCUAUCGUCUCGCUCCGACGCUCACUGCGCUCCGCAUCCCCCAUCGGCCCGCUGCUCUCUCACUCGCAGGAUGCCCGACUCGAGGAGGAUCGCGCGCGCCCUGCGUGAACGGUAACGCGGGUACGACCCCAAUGUCGCCCACGGGCACGCUCUCGGAGAUCGUGCCCCGAGUGUACGUCUCCGAUCUGAGCGUCGCGGAGGACACCGCGCUACUCAACGCCGCUGGUAUCACCCACGUCCUAUCAGUCCUCCCGUUGGCGCGGUCCCCUCCGUCGCUCCGUACUCGCACGCACAUGGUUGUGCCGCUGCAAGACACGCCUUUCGCCGAGCUCGUAGGACACCUACCAUCCACAACAUCAUUCAUCGACAAGGCGCUGCGGUCCAGUCCGCAUGCCCGCGUACUCGUGCACUGCGCGAUGGGCGCCAGCCGCUCUGUAUCUGUUGUCGCUGCGUAUCUCAUCGCAAGCCGCGGGAUGAGCUCUGCGGAGGCUGUUGCGGCUGUGAAAGCGCGCCGUGCCGUCGCCGCGCCCAACUGGGGCUUCGUGAUGCAGCUCGAGGAAUACGCUCGCAAGCUCGAGGCUGAUGCCGAGGCCGACUCGCCCAUCGACAGGCCCCGGACGCCAGCCUCCGCCUGA